UAAAAACUCCCAAGUGUGAGGACGGAGAGUUUUUCUCUACUACGUUCAAACUCAUUAUGGUUCAGGGCUUAUUGUAGCUGCUUUACAAUGUCGCACCCUUCUACCCAAGCGUUGCACGCGGAUGACUCGUUGAACCGGGUUACGGACGUUGCGCCUCCAAUUCAUCUCUCGACUACCUUCCGGUUUCCUAGUGAGCCAGAGAAUUUGAUUCCUUCUGUUGACCCGGUGGACGAGUUUGACGGGCACAACUACGUCUACUCCCGCGAAUUCGCCCCCAACGCAACCCGCUUUGAAGCCAUCCUCUCCGCUCUCAUCGGUGGACAAGCCGUGAGCUACACCACCGGUCUCGCAGCCCUCCACGCCGCUCUGGUCCUGCUCAACCCCCGCCGCAUCUCUGUUGGGGAAGGGUACCACGGCAGCCAUGAAGUGAUUGCAGUCCUCUCCCGCCUCUCGGGACUCCAGAAACUACCUCUGGACUGCUCAGCCGAGAGCCUUGAGGCUGGAGAUGUCAUCCUCCUCGAAACACCCGUCAACCCUCUUGGAACAGCAUUCAGCAUCGAGGAAUUCGCCCAAAAGGCACACUCCCGCGGCGCAUACCUAAUCGUCGACAGCACAUUCGCCCCACCAGGCCUGCAAGACCCAUUCCUCUGGGGCGCAGAUAUCGUCCUCCACUCAGGAACAAAGUACUUCGGCGGCCACAGCGACCUCCUUAGUGGCGUCCUCGCAACCAAGCGCAAAGACUGGACAAAACAGCUUCUCGAAGACCGACUAGCCAUGGGAAACGUCAUGGGCAACUUCGAAGCCUGGCUUGGUGCUCGUAGUCUGCGCACAUUGGAAGUUCGCGUGCAGCGCGCUAGCCAAAACGCCUCCCAUCUAAUCUCCUGGCUGCAGAGCGCAUUAACAGCGCCCUCCCCCACCGACGAACAGAAACUCAUCAAAUCCGUCCUCGGCAAGAUCCACCACGCCAGUUUACAAGACGAACCCUGGAUCAAGAAGCAAAUGCCCAAUGGUUUCGGGCCUGUUUUCGCUGUUAUACUGACUAGUGAGGAAUAUGCUCGCGUGCUGCCUAGUAAGCUGCGUUUCUUCCAUCAUGCUACUAGUCUUGGUGGAGUGGAGUCAUUGAUUGAGUGGCGGGCAUUGUCGGAUUCGAGAGUUGAUCGGAAAUUGUUGCGGAUUAGUGUGGGGUUGGAGAAUUGGGAGGAUUUGAAAGGGGAUCUUUUGCAGGCUUUUCAGGCUUUGGUUUGAUCAGGUUUUGUAUUCAUGUCUAGUUGGGGGUUUUUGUACAGUGACAUCGAAGAGGGGUUUAUAAAACCAAAGUACAUAUGAAAGUCAUAGACAAUAUCAGUUACGCAAUUGCAUGAUGAAGAGCUGGUAUACACGA